AUAAAACCAUAUAGAAUGGUAGCUUCGAUCUCGAUCUCCCUCUCCUCGAGCCGGGUGAACUAUUGGGUGGAUCCGAUGAGGCUCCUUCGACGGAUCGCCGGCUUGCUGGGCCUCGCGAGGGAGGAGGACGACGCCCGCAGAGGAAAGGAAGGCAGUGGCGGAGGAGGAGGAGGAGGAGGAGGAGGCGAUGGAGGGGGCGGCGAGGAGCGGACAAGAACGAGCGGAGCGGCGGGCUGUAGCGCCGCAGCCGCUGCAAGAGGAGGGUUCGGCGUCCAGGUUCCCGUCGCCGUCGAGAAGCCUGCUCUCAGCCCGGUCCUCGUCCCCUGCGAGCCCGGCGAAGGCGGCGUCCAGGGGUUCAGGUGGUACACAAGAAGACUCCGGAUCGACGAGGAUGGGGACGUGGCGAACGAGUUCCUGGACGAAGUUGCACCUGAGGUCUCACCCGAGAACCUCGUAGUACUUCCCAAGUUCCAGGUGAAGCACAACACCCAGCCCACCGCCAUGGCCAUGAGAAAGCAGGUCAUCGCGGUGGACGGGAACAUCCACCAGAGCCUGGAGUACCAGGGAAAAUUGCAGUGGGCAUGAUGAAAGAUGAACCCACACCACCACCAGAUUCUUGUAUACUUGGUGGCUGCAGGUCGGACGCUGGAAACCGGGAAGGUCGGCACGGCUACUCCCGGAGGAGUCGGAGUGGCGGCGCCGAUUGGCAGGUGGUGAUGGCCGCCAUGGAGCAAG